AUGAACGAUCCAAAUUUCUUUCACCCGUCAGUCAAACUCUUCAACAAACAACUGCGUAAGGAACAUGAAUUGUAUCUUUUGAAAUAUGCUUUGCUCAAUCACAACGACCAAACUCAGGCGCUGGGCCCUCUCGACAAGCCUCCCCUAAAAGAGCCGGUCAUUCCCAAUUUUGUGAUUAGAGAGCGGAUAACAGGCACCGGUGACAGCUAUGUAAUAGCGAGGGGUGAUCUGCAAGGCGAGACAAAAGUAAAUAAGUUCGGAAAACUUUUGGGCAACCGUCAUUUCUUGUUCUCCACGUUUACACCUCCCACAAGACCUCAUUCUGUAUUUGUUCUAGUCCGAGAUCUCUUGGAAUGCUUGUCCCUGAGUGUAAGCCCAGAACAGUUUUUACAAGAGUCUCAACAGCUCUAUGGAGUUAAAGCUAGUCCCGACGAACUCGUCUUCCUGAGGGAAAACAAGCUUCUUGCCGAGUCCGCCUUGUCAGAAAACGAAUAUUAUGUGACAACAAAAUCUGUCUACAUGUUAUAUGGAGCCAGAGUUCUCGUAGGGGGGACCAGACUCGUAGACGACUAUUGGGAGGAGGCCGUCAAGGAACAAGGCUUUUUGCCUCACUACAGAGUUUUCGUCAUCGACAAUAAAAUACUCCGAGUUAUGAAUGCCUUAAAAACAGAUACACCAGUCCAAGAGCCAAAGAGUGACGAAGCCGCCCUGCAACUGCCAGACGAGCCGCCGUAUCUAACAAUAGCAGAACAAACCUCAUGGGAGGUGAAACAAGACUACUUAAAACGACUUGGCCGUGGUGAACAUUUGAAUGUAAUCAUACCCGGCCAAAAUAUUACUGGAUCGCUUGAGCUUAGCGCGCAGUCUAAGCUGCCGAAAUAUCACAGCAAAAUUUCUUUGCAAGCAGCUAUACAAAUGGGAAUUGAAGACACGCCUAUUGGAACACUUCCACAGCCGCAGUCUAAUAUUCCCACAACCUCCAUCGAAACCUCCAGCAAAAGUGAUAAGCGGCUUUUGAGUGGAAUUAUUGAUCCGUUGGUGAUUUCUAAAGUAGAUAGAAGCGGAGUUACUCAAUGGACAACCUCUGGCAUAGUGGCACAAGACGUUUCUCUAAACAUCAACGGUUGGAAAUUUGACUCCCUUCCGGUGAAAUCUAUGAAAACUGCGGAUUUAAACUACUCGGUUAAGGGCCUCCCACUUUACGAUAGCACUAAACUUGCCGAGCGCCUAAAGAUGCUAACUCCGAAUGAAAUCAAUGAGAUGCAGCAUCUCCAUGAUUCUGUCUAUGUAGACACAAAGCUACAAAGCGCCAGAAAAGUUAGAAAGACAAAAUGGACAAAAUAUUGGCAACAUAAAGCGGGGCUUCCAAUAGGUAUUACUAAAAAUGAUACUGGAUCCGUGCUAGAAAAGUACCUUAGUGAUGUUGCCAAUCACGUUGACGUUGUCAGCACCAUUAAUGGGACUUUGAACAAAGAGGAGAUCAAAACUUUCAAAAGAAUACCUAAUGCUAAUUUCAAGGGAUACUCUAACAUUACAGGCUUGAAGCCACCUUACGUAAAUGAAUGA